AUGGGCGGUUCUACGACCACCACCGCCGCUGCGACCGCCGCCGCCACGACCGCCGCGAGCACUGCGAAUUCCAACGGCACCUCCGCCGCCAAUAGCCUGCUCCCGCUGAGCGCGCGCAAAGCCGCGCCCUUGGACCUGAACACGGUCGAGCGCCGCAAUACCCCGACCAUGGCGCGCGAAGUUUCGAGGAACAGCCGAUUGUUCGGGCUUGACGAGGCGCCCACAUACACACCCACAGAGGACGAGUUUAGGGACCCAAUGGAGUACAUGCGCAAGAUCGCGCCCGAAGGAAGGAAAUAUGGUAUUGUUAAGAUCAUCCCGCCAGAGGGCUGGAACCCGGAUUUUGCAAUUGACACGGAGCGAUUCCAUUUCCGUACGCGCAAACAGGCGCUCAACACCGUCGAAGGCGGCACCCGCGCGAAUCUCGACUACCUAGACCAGCUGUCGAAAUUCCAUCGAUCGCGCGGCAACAACCUCAACCGCUUUCCCAGCGUCGACAAGCGGCCCCUGGAUCUAUACAAACUGAAGAAGGCUGUCGAAACUCGCGGCGGGUUUGAGCGAGUUUGCAAGCAGAAGAAAUGGGCUGAGAUUGGGCGGGAUUUGGGAUACAGCGGCAAGAUUAUGUCUUCCCUGUCGACAUCUCUGAAGAAUUCCUACCAGAAGUGGCUCCAUCCGUACGAGGAAUACCGGCGCAUCGCAGGACCCGCGGUCCAGCGAGCAAUCCUCGAAGAGAACGGCGGUCCGUUUACUCCCUCGCCUGCGCCAUCACCACUGAAGAGACCGCAGGGACAGACGCCCCCGAGCAACACGCAGCCUGAGUCGCCCACCGCCCGCGCUUCGGCGGCGCUGAACGCUUCGAUACAUGAAAGCACAACCCCCUUGCCGCCGCCAGCGGAUCCGAUCAAGCCUUCUGGUUUCACGGCUGUUAACAGUGGUGGAUUUACCGCCGUAAAUCAUCAGUCUCCAGCAGCGACACCUACUGGCUCGUUCUCAGCGAUCAACGCGUCUAAUGGCCCCCAGCGUCCCCAAAGCGAAUCCGCCCGUUCGACACCGCAACGCUUAGGCGAGAGCCCGCUGACGCUAUCCGCGAAGAACACCCCGGACUUCCGACCACCUGGAUUCACAACACCCAUCUCCAAUGGUCAGUUUAGCCACUUGAAGCGCCAGCUCUCUGAAGACUCCGAGUCUCAGACGAAUGGCGACUCUGAUGCUUCAGGCAGACGCAGUAAGCGUCUAAGGAAGGAUGCGGCGCCGACUGUUGCCGGCUCCCACAUGACUCAGCCGCGCGUACCAACGUCUACACGCCCGCUGGUCAGAGACCGGUCCAGGGAAAAGCCCGGAGACUUUUGCGAGACCUGCGGCAAAAGCAACGAUCCGACGAGUAUUCUUCUCUGCGAUAGUUGCGAUGCGGGAUACCAUCGCCACUGUCUCGAGCCUCCGCUCAAGACCACACCGGACUAUGACUGGCAUUGCCCUCGCUGCCUUGUCGGCGAUGGCGAGUUUGGCUUCGACGAGGGUGGCGUCUACUCCCUCAAGGAGUUUCAGCAGAAAGAUAUGGCAUUUAGGCAACAACAUUUCCGUGACAAGAGGCAGUACGACCCUGUGCUCAAUUCGCAGAGACCAGUCAACGAAGACGACGUCGAGCGCGAGUUUUGGAAACUCGUUGAAAACGUCACAGAGUCGGUUCCGGAGGUUGAAUAUGGCGCUGAUGUACACGUCACGACGCACGGCAGCGGCUUUCCCACACUGGAGAAGAACCCGAGAAAUCCGUACGCGACCGAUCCAUGGAACCUUAAUAUCCUGCCCUUGCAUCCGGAAUCUCUUUUCCGCCAUAUCAAGUCGGAUAUCUCUGGCAUGACGGUCCCUUGGCUUUACGUCGGGAUGUGCUUCUCGACAUUCUGUUGGCAUAAUGAAGACCAUUACAGCUACUCUGCCAACUACCAGCACUUUGGUGCGACUAAGACGUGGUACGGUGUUCCAGGAGAGGAUGCUGAGAAGUUUGAGAAUGCAAUGCGUGAGGCUGUUCCUGAGCUAUUCGAGACGCAGCCCGAUCUCUUGUUCCAACUGGUCACUCUUCUCACCCCGGAUCAUCUGAAGAAGGCUGGAGUGAGAGUGUACGCGUUGGACCAGCGCGCAGGACAAUUUGUCGUUACCUUCCCCCAGGCAUACCAUGCCGGAUUUAAUCACGGCUUCAACUUCAAUGAAGCUGUUAAUUUCUCUCCGCCGGAUUGGGAGCCCUGGGGCGAGGAAGGCGUGCAGCGUCUCCAAGACUUCAGACGCCAGCCUUGCUUCUCACAUGAUGAGCUUUUGCUUACUGCUGCCGCGAGUAGAGACAUAUCGAUCAAAAUCGCUAAAUGGCUAGGUCCGGCGCUAGAAAGAAUGCGAACACGAGAAAUGAACGCACGAGAGACUUUCUUGGAACGGCACAAGGCCGUCAGCAUGUCACCUUGCAGGAUAGAAUUGGGCGCAAGGGGACAUUGCGAAAUUGGCUUCGAGAUUGACGAGCAGGAUCUCUCAGAGGACGACUACUUGUGCAGUUACUGCAAGGCUUUCGGUUAUCUGUCACGCUUCGUCUGCAGGAGGUCCGGAAAGGUGGCAUGUUUGCUUCAUGCAGGGACGUUUGACUGCUGCGAUGCACCAGAGGAACACCGCUUCUCGGGCGCGAAUAGCGACCACGUCUUGUUUUACCGCAUGACCGGCGCAAAACUUGACGGUAUUGUGCAAAAGGUCGUUGAGAAGGCAAGGCAACCGGACGAGUGGAGCGAAGAGCUCGACAAGUACCUGGCAGAUGAGCCGAAGCCAGAGCUCAAGAAACUUCGAAAGUUUCUCAGUGACGGCGAGAAAAUUCCCUGGCCGCUAGCCGCACUGCCUGAACUGAAACGAUACGUCGAUCGCUGCAAUGAGUGGGUUGAUAAGGCUACAGCAUUUACAACUCGCAAACAGCAGAACCGCCGGAAGAACGAACGGUCUUCUCGUAAAUCCAUCGGCAACAGAGCAGCGAUAGAACAGGAGGAGAAGGAGAAAGAGCUGCGCAAGGUCGAGAACUUGAAAAAGCUUCUCGCCGAAGCAGAGGAGAUUUCGUUUGAAUGCCCUGAGAUUGCUGUGUUGCAAGAACAUGUCGACAGCAUCGCCGACUUCCAGGGGCGUGCUCAGACUAUUCUCCAGGAGUCACAACACACCGCUGUGCGCCCCACUCAAGACCUGGAUGAUCUGCUCGAGCUAGGCCGCAGUUUCAAUCUGGACAUUCCCGAAGUGGAGCAGCUCGACAAGAUGCUGCAGCAUCUUAAGUGGUUCGACGAGGCACGUUCUUACCGUGAACGCAUGCACUCGCUACAAGACAUAAGCGACUUCAUCAAGCGCGGUCUCGACAUAGGUAUUCCAGAUGCUGAGGUCAACAUGAUCUUCCUUAAGGAGGAGAUGGCCAAGGGCGAGGUCUGGGAAAAGACAGCGACCGAAGUCAUGGCUGCUGAGAUCAUCAACUAUCAACAGUUGGAUGCCCUCUCUGCUCAGGCGAAGCACCUGCCUGUCACGCCAGAGACGCUCGCCAAGGUCGAAGCCAUUCUCAAGAAGCAACGGGACGCGCAAGACCAGAUCAAAGCGCUGUACGAACGCAGCAAAGAUCCCGACUUCCGCAGGCGCCCAAUGUACAAAGAAGUCCGCGAGGCUAUGGAGGCUCUCAGUGAGCUCAACAGCAAGCCGCCUGGCACUAUUGACCUUGAAAGAGAACAGAAGCGGCAUGAGGACUGGAUGCGUCGUGGUAAAAAGUUGUUUGGUAAGGCCAAUGCCCCUUUGCACAUCUUGCAACAACACAUGGACAUAGUAGCGGCAAGGAACGAAGCUUGUUUUGACUUGAACGAUCAACCGCGCAUGCCGGUUGAGCCGGCGUCAAGGGAGCACACGCCUACGUCGGAGGAUGGCAACGGAGCAGGGUCGACGCGCGAUGUCUUCUGUAUUUGCCGCAAGCCUGAGGCUGGCAUGAUGAUUGAGUGCGAGCUCUGCCACGAAUGGUACCACGGCAAAUGCUUGAAGAUUGCGCGCGGCAAAGUCAAGGAGGACGAUAAAUAUACCUGCCCUAUCUGCGACUACCGCGUCAAGAUUCCCCGCGAUGCCACGCGUCCCAAGUUGGAAGAGCUCGAGGGUUGGCAGGACGAGCUGCCCAACUUGCCCUUCCAGCCCGAGGAAGAGGAGUGCCUGUCUAACAUUAUCAAGACGGCAGCCGACUUCCGGCAAUUCAUCUCGACCUACGUCAAUCCCAUGCUCUCUAAUCCCGACGAACUCACGACGCAGCGAUUCUACCUUCGUAAGCUGGAGGGUGCUGAUAUCCUGCUCGCUCCUGAAACGAAUUUCUUCCGGCAAGAAUUGCAUAAGUGGGCACCUGUCGCGCCAGAGCCGCCACCAAAGGUCGAAGUCUCGCUAUCCACGCGCAAACCUCGUCCAACAAAGCAGCAAAAGAUGAUGGCCCAGUUGGGCAUCGACAACCCCGACGACCUGCCGCAACACCUGCGCACGCGGCCGCACCAAUUCAAGAACAAAGACAAAGACAUGAGCAAGCGCAACAGCAUCGGCAGCCGCACAGGGCUCGGGCCACAAGAGCCUUCACACACUCCGCCGGGCCUUCCGCAUGGCAUGAGCAUUGGCGACACACCCAACACGACAGCCUCGCACCCGACGUUCUCCUACCCAAGCGCAACCUCAUCGGCAUACAACGCAGCCUCGGCACUCGCAACCUCAACAGGCAGCACGCUCGGCACCUUCGACCCGUCCACGGCAUUCGCGCCGCACGCGCGCGCCGUCGCCUCUCCACCAUUCCAUCCCGCAAGCCCUCCGCCGCCGAACAUGGACCCAGCGUUCUUCGGAGGCGCGUCCUUUGGCGUCGACGGCGGCGUCUCAGCCAGCCCGGUCAGGAACCUAUUCCAGUCGAGCGCGGGCAGCGACGCAGGCCUGGGAGCCAUGGGCAUGCGCGACCUCUUCGCAGAGUAUACGGCUGAUGGGGACGAUCAGCCGCCGCCGAGCCAUGCGGCGGAUGCGUUGGCGCUGACGGAGAAGGCGAGGAGUGAUGGGGGAGAGGGCGAUGGGAAGGAGGGAGAGGGAGAGGGGGUUGGAGAGCUGUUUUCUAGGGGUGAUGAGUGA